AUAUGCGUUGGCACAAAACCGGGGAGAACCAUUUUAGCGCAAAGACCAAAAGAAUUCCGACCAACCACCUCAGUUCUAGUUGUGCAGCGUGGCGACAAAGUAUACAAUAUACAGGUUCGCAGAGCGACUCAAACGACCGGGGGUUAAAUCGUGGAAAACAAUAAAACUAAGCGAUCGCCUAAGAACAAACAAAUAAACCAACCAGCAGCCGGACAGACACACAGUCAUAGAGACAAUCGCAUAGUCAGGCGGGCGGCGGUCGAAUGCAUGCUGUGAAACAGAACACUUUUCAUCGAGCUGCGUCGAGGACGAUGAAGUUUUGAAUUCAAAUUUUCAAUUUAAAUGCGAAGCAUAGAUGAAACGGUGAAGACGUCCUAACCAUUAUUGCGGGUAUACGAAUACGCGCGGCUAAAUAAUUGUUGUGCUAAACUGAAAGUGUUUUCCAAGUGUGUUCUUUCUGAAAUACAUUAAAAACGAAAUACUAUUUAAUAAUACGUUUACUUAACAAGAACAACUAUUUUAUGUGUAUUUUCGGUAGAAUCUUGCGAACAUAAUGAAACUCCAAAAUAUACUGCAAAUUUGUGAUUAGCUGAAGUGAUUGUGCUGAAACUUCGUUCCACGUAAAGCAAUUGAUGCAUUUCGUUUAAAACUUUGAUAAAAGUGAAAGAAAAAAAAAAAACAAAAACAACCAGUGAUACCAAGUAAUUGUAACUUUAGCUAAGAGAGUUUAUAACACAAACCAAAUGUCUUCCUCUGAGGCUGAAGUUGACAUCAGCGUAGUGUCCAGCCCGGAACCCAGUCCGGCUGGCUGUGGUAAUGGCAGCGAUACGCCUUUACGCUCAGCUUCGCCAGCGCCCUCCAACGGAAGUACGCCAACGACGACAUCAACGCCAACUACUGCCGCCGGCACACCUACUUCCAAUAGUCAUUUCCACAGCCCGACCACCACAGCUUUGUCCGCUGUACCGCCGACGGUGCUGCACCAUCACCUGCAGCAUCACCUUAGCAGCCUAAGCGGUCAUCCGGUGGCAUUGCAUCACGCUUUACACAGCUUCGGACAUCUGCAUGCGGCCUAUCCUGCUCAUCAACAGUUACUGCAACACGCAGUGGUCACACCGACGGCGGGGCAUAUGGCUAUGGCUUCUGCGGCGGUGGAUCGACUUAGUCCGCCGGCUAUGGCUGCUAUGGCGCCACAUUCGCCGGAGCGUAAUGGCAACGAUGAAGUUACUUCGUUAACGGGAAAUAAUAAUAACAACAAUAGCAAGCUUUUGAAUCACAAUAAUAAUAGCGAUAGCAAUGGCAGUAGUCAGAAUAUGGCGUUGGGCGGCCGUGGAGAGGCGUGCAACGGUUGCAGUGUUGCGGCCGGAAAUGGUAAAGUCACAACGGGCAAUGGAUUUACAAGUUUCUCCAUUUCGAGUAUUCUUAGCCGCAGUGAACCGUCGAAAAAGAGUGGCGGUAGUCAUAGCGCACAAACGCUGAUCACACCGAUACCGCAACUGCCACAGCCAGGCGUCGGUGGCCCACAAGAUGCGGCAAUGCUUUCGAGAUUGGGUUUCAUAUCACAAUGGGGUGCUCUAGCUGGUCGUUAUGCCGCGUUGUGUCCUCCAGGCUGGCCAUGGGCGCCACAACGUUUGCCUUUUCACAGUCCCACACAUGACAGUUCCUCAACCAACACAACGGAGAACCCUUCCUCACCUACGUCGCUCAGCCCAAAUCAUAUAGGAAAUAACAACAGCAGUAGCAAUAAUCACGGCAACGUUGGCAACAAUGGCCAUAGCAAUGGCAACAAAUCGCCAUCACCUCAUGGUUACAGUCACAGCCAACAACAACAUCCUCACCUGACACAUCCGCAUCAGCCGACAACGCCCACUAGCAGUAGCGGCGGCAACGCCGGACAUCCAUUGCUUAGCCACCACAAUUCGCAUUCGAAUUCCAGUUAUUUACUGCCCAGCAGUUCCAAUGAGUCGGACGACGAUGGCGAGGAGAUUAUCGAAGAAGACGACGGCAAUGAUGGACCCUCGGACGGCUCUUCGCCACAAGGAGGUGAUGCGAACCAAACGAAACGCAAGAAAAAGACUCGCACAGUGUUUUCGCGUGCGCAAGUCUUUCAGUUGGAGUCCACAUUUGAUCUGAAGCGCUACCUCAGCUCGUCGGAGCGCGCCGGCUUGGCCGCCUCACUGCGUUUAACAGAGACACAAGUGAAAAUUUGGUUUCAAAAUCGUCGCAACAAAUGGAAACGUCAGCUGGCGGCCGAAUUGGAGGCAGCCAACAUGGCGAAUAUGGCGCAUGCCGCACAACGUUUGGUGCGCGUACCAGUGCUCUACCAUGACGGCUCUGGUGCGGGAUUUGUGCCGCCACCACCUCCACAUCAUCAUCCCAUGCAGUAUUAUGCGGCGGCAGCAGCACGCAACACAAGCCCACCACGGCCACCGCUCUCUUCGUUGGUAUAGGGCGUGGGGUGCCUGGCGGCCGCAGUGGCACCUAACUGCGGGGGUUCAAUCUCGUUGUUAAAGCCGCCAUACCCCAAUCAUGUACCACCAACGCCAACACCGACAUCGCCAUCGAUGCACGAUAUGGAUGACUCGGACACGGAGGAGGAAGCCGCCAUUGAUGUGGAGGCCGAUGAGGAAGAGGAAGAGUUGUGUGUAACGCAAGCUCCGUUAGCGCACGACAAAAGGGAUUCAGCAAGCGGUGGAAGUAGUGGUACUGGUGGCAGUGUCGUGAUGCGGAAAGCGACACCAUUCGAGCUGUUGGCGAAAAGUGUCAAUUGCCUGGAGAUGCACAGCAGCGGCAGUGGCAAGGAGCUGAGUAUCAACAGUGCUGGUGGCGCCGCUAAUGACAACGGUGUCGAAAGAUCCACCACAGUGCACAAGGUGUACUAACUGAAUGCAUGAGAAGGAGGGAGGGAGGUACAGGGUUUCCCACACUCGUUGGAAGAAUCCCAAAGUGUUGUACAUUUUUAUUGAGUCAUGGUGUAGCAAAGAUUAACGGGAGCGGAAGUACAGACAAAAUUGGUUUCACAAACAAAGAAUUUCAAUUGCUUAAGUGCAGUGGGAAAGUCGCAACAAAUCUUCAGAGCUAACUGAAACGAGCUACAUUCGUGGCAGAAUGUGCGUAGAAGGUGUUGUGCAAGUUGAGUGUUUCCCUAAAAUGUUAGUGUAAAUAUGUAAACCUUAUUGUGGUAUGAAAAAACGAAAGUGCUAAAUAAGUACGGUAAUCAAUGUUCAAACGUUUAGGUUUCCAAGUAAACGAGCAACAAAGCCAUAUUAAACUAUCCAUAUAGAAUAGGAAAGAUCUUUCGCAUUUGUAAAAAGUCGUUCUCUUUCGAUUUCCUCUCUUUACUGCUAAAUUUGUAAAUAAUUGAAUGUAGGCGUGCGGCGUCUCUUUGCUCAAUAUUUGUGCUUACUAUUUAUAUAAUCUAAAAAAAAUAUUUGUGUGUAUGUAUUAUAAUUACCUAUAUACCAUUAUAAAUGUAUGUGCAAAUGUAUGUACAUUCAAACUACCAAGAGACUUAAAAAAGUCGGGAUUGUAAAAUAAUGUUUGAAUGCAAGUCCCUAUGUGCGGUUAUGUAUGUUUGUUUUGUUAGCGACAAGUUUUUUUGUUAAGCAUUGUAUAUGCGAUUAUAAAGUAUGUUCAUUAAGUCAUACAAACUAGUUGUGUAAGAAUUUAUGUCGCGUCGCAUUGUUGUAUGCAAACACGCGUGCAAAGCCAAAAAGUAGUUUACAUAUACAUAUACAUAUAAAUCUUAUAUAUAAACAUAUAAAUUAAUACUUAUUACUCUAAUUAAUACAAGUACUUAAUUACACUAAUAAUAAUUACAAACUUACAAUUGGAAUGAUUCCCAGAUAGCGUGUAGUUAAAUUAUGCCAUAAUAAAUGUUAAUAUCAUA